UCACAAUAAAUACCAUGUUUUUUCGUCUAUUGAGCAUGCAAUAAUUAGAAGAAGUAGACAAAAACAUUUUCCAAUUGAUUGGACGCGUAACUAAAAAUUAUUAAAAAUACAAAUAAAUGUGCGCAUAAUGACGGUAACAGAAAGUGCAAAGACAAAUAACAGUGAUAAAACAACUCCUGAAGAAGAACAGAAGUUGACUGCAAUAGAUAGAAAGGAUACAGAAGCCAAUAAAACUACCACAGAAACUACUGGAAAAACACCGGCCAACGAAAAUGUUGCAACCAAAACAAAUGCAGAGUUAGGCCCUACAACAACAACUGCAACAAAUAAUCAAAGCGAUAUGCAAAUAAAUACCGGUGAUGUAUAUCUUAUCAAACGCGCUGAUGGUAAUGUGUAUCCAGCACAAAUUAUACAGUCUCGUCCCGGAGAACCAGCCUCGAGUAGUUCUGCCAGCACACCCGCUGAAUACUAUGUGCACUAUGUUGGGCUAAACAGACGACUGGAUGAAUGGGUUUCCCGUGAUCGCAUAACGGACGCUACCGAUGCAGAGACAGCAAGUGAAGCUGCCAAUUCUGCAGAUACUGCGGAUGGUAAUGGUGGGAAAACAAUUAAACAGUUAAGUAAGGAGCAAAUCGCAAACUUAGAAAAUCCCACAACCAUGGAAAAUAGUGAUCGUAAAUUGACACGCAAUCAAAAAAGGCGACAUGAUGAAAUUAAUCAUGUGCAGAAAACAUACGCAGAAAUGGAUCCAACAACAGCAGCGUUGGAGAAAGAGCACGAAGCCAUUACAAAGGUUAAAUAUAUCGACAAGCUGCGUAUUGGACGUUUUGAAAUAGAUACUUGGUAUUUCAGCCCUUACCCUGAGGAAUAUGGUAAAGUGGGUACAUUAUAUGUUUGUGAGUAUUGCCUUAAGUAUAUGCGUUUUCAAAAGACCUACCGCUAUCACGCAUCCGAAUGUACACAGCGACAACCACCAGGAAAUGAAAUAUAUCGUAAAGGCACCAUAUCUAUAUUUGAAAUUGAUGGCAAAGAGCAUAAACUUUACUGCCAAAUACUGUGUUUAAUGGCGAAGUUGUUUUUGGAUCACAAAACAUUAUACUACGAUGUAGAGCCAUUCUACUUUUACGUACUUUGCGAAAUAGAUAAGCGCGGAGCACAUAUAGUCGGCUAUUUUUCGAAGGAGAAGGAGUCACCUGAAAAUAAUGUUGCUUGUAUAUUAAUUCUGCCACCAUAUCAACGGAAAGGAUAUGGAAAAUUAUUAAUAGCCUUCAGCUAUGAAUUGUCAAGGCGUGAAGGUGUAGUUGGUAGUCCGGAAAAGCCACUUUCCGAUUUGGGACGCUUAAGCUACCGUAGUUAUUGGGCUUAUACGUUGCUGGAGUUUAUGAAAGAAUGUCGUACAACAACGCAAAGUAUUAAAGAGCUAAGUGAAUUAAGUGGCAUAACACAGGAAGAUAUCAUUUAUACUCUGCAAUCAAUGAAAAUGGUUAAAUACUGGAAAGGACAGCAUGUCAUUUGUGUAACACCGAAGACAGUUAUGGAACAUUUGCAGUUGCCGCAAUUUAAGAAACCCAUGUUGACUGUGGAUCCGGCCUAUCUGCGUUGGGUGCCACCGAAAAGAAAUCCAACUGGAAAUGCUAAAUUUAAGAAAAUAGCUUAGUUAUCUUAUAACACGAAUAAUAAAAACGCUUA